AUGCCCAGUGGUGCCUGCCAAGCAACACGCCCAGAAGCAUACGUAGGUUACGUACCUGGCAUGGAUGGACAGGGGGAUACAUAUGCUCGAAAAAGUCAAACGGUGUACAUCAUUGUCCUGUUCUGCAAAGAUUACAUGCACAUCAACGUUGCUCCCUUUCCUGUCUUCCCAGCCCAGGAAAGAGCAGUGUCGCUCAGGAACGAGCAUCCGUCGAUCCAGUCCAACUGGAACCUUGUCCUGUCAGUACGUCGUGCUCUGGGCCAGUCGGCGCUCGGCUGGGGAGAGGCAUCCACUUUGAAGCUAAGGGAGCUACGGAGCUAA